ACCCCUGACAAACAAAGGAAAAGGGGGAGGGGGACCGCCGCGUUUCGCAGAAGACAUGCGUUCAGUCAGGAAGAGGUGGACUGUGUGCACGAUAAGUCUCCUCCUCAUCUUUUAUAAGACAAAAGAAAUAGCGCGAACCGAGGAGCGUCAGGAGGCACAUCUGACCGGAGAUGGUGAAUUGAGUUUGAGUAGAUCAAUGAUCAAUAGCUCUGAUAAGACAAUUCGAAAGAGUGGAUCCUCAAUCUUCCACCAUGCUGUAGAAGGCUGGAAAAUCAAUUCUUCUUUGGUCAUGGAAAUAAGAAAGAACAUUCUUCGAUUCUUGGAUGCUGAAAGAGAUGUAUCAGUGGUCAAAAGCAGUUUCAAGCCAGGAGAUGUAAUCCAUUAUGUACUGGACAGACGUCGCACCCUUAACAUUUCUCAGGAUUUGCACAGCCUUCUCCCUGAAGUUUCCCCAAUGAAGAAUCGCCGAUUUAAAACCUGUGCUGUUGUUGGGAAUUCUGGUAUCCUUCUGGAUAGUGGAUGUGGAAAAGAGAUUGAUAGCCAUGACUUUGUAAUAAGGUGCAAUCUAGCUCCUGUGGUGGAGUUUGCUGCUGAUGUGGGAACUAAAUCUGAUUUUAUCACCAUGAACCCAUCAGUUGUGCAAAGAGCAUUUGGAGGCUUUCGAAAUGAGAGUGACAGAGAAAAAUUUGUGCAUAGACUAUCCAUGCUGAAUGAGAGUGUCCUUUGGAUUCCUGCUUUCAUGGUCAAAGGUGGAGAGAAGCACGUGGAGUGGGUUAAUGCAUUAAUCCUUAAGAAUAAAUUGAAAGUGCGAACUGCCUAUCCAUCACUGAGACUUAUUCAUGCUGUCAGAGGCUAUUGGCUGACAAACAAGGUCCACAUUAAACGACCCAGCACUGGUCUUCUCAUGUAUACGCUUGCCACCAGAUUUUGUGAUGAAAUUCACCUGUAUGGAUUUUGGCCAUUCCCAAAGGAUUUACAUGGAAAACCAGUCAAGUACCAUUAUUAUGAUGAUCUGAAGUAUCGGUACUUUUCUAAUGCCAGUCCUCAUAGGAUGCCAUUAGAGUUUAAGACAUUGUAUGUAUUACAUAACAGAGGAGCACUUAAAUUAACAACGGGGAAAUGCAUACAGUAAUAAAGCUCCUGUAAAUUACAAGAAGUACAGUAUACGCACCUUGUCAUAAAGAUGUUGUGGAACGGCAAUCAGAUCCCAGUGAAGAUAUGUUUCAAUACCCACUAAGCCAUCAGAAAAAGGAAUUUUAUCAGAAGUACAUAACCAGCUAUUAUACCUGUAAAGUGCUAUAUAACUAAGCUAUCUUGACUGCAAGGGUUCAAGUAAGUGCCACUUUCACUAAGAACAAAGCUUGAAUGUAUGCUCAGUAGUGUUUACAGGUUCCAGUGACACAUCCAUCAUGAACUAAAGAAUUAAAAUACAACCUGCUUCCUGCUGACUUGCUUCUGUGGUCAGGCAGCCCUCAGAAGAAACACCCAGUGGAUGGAAUAUUUCUUGAGCAAUUAAAUGAGGCAUUAGCAAAAAGUUCAUGAUGGAAUUGAGUAGAGAAAGUGAAGUCCAUAAGAUCAAACAGGAUUUUAAAUGCCUUCAGUCAGGGGACUGCUUAUGAUCUUGUAUUAUAAUCUCAGCUUUUGUUGCUGUUUUUCUUGCUGCUGUUGGUUGGGGUUUGUUGCUUUUGAGUAUUUGAGCCCUUAAGGGAUUUUGAGAAUGUAAUUAAAGUAUGUAUCUUAUGGAA